AUGGAACAGCGGAACCGGCUCGGUGCCCUCGGAUACCUGCCGCCUUUGCUGCUGCACGCCCUGCUGCUCUUCGUGGCCAACGCUACAUUCACCGAAGUCCCCAAAGAUGUGACAGUACGGGAGGGAGACGACAUCGAAAUGCCCUGCGCGUUCCGGGCCAGCGGAGCCACAUCGUAUUCGCUGGAAAUUCAGUGGUGGUAUCUCAAAGAGCCUCCCCGGGAGCUGCUACACGAGCUAGCGCUGAGCGUGCCAGGCUCCCGGAGCAAGGUAACAAAUAAGGAUGCAACUAAAAUCAGCACCGUGCGUGUCCAGGGUAAUGACAUCUCGCACCGGCUUCGGCUCUCGGCCGUGCGACUGCAGGAUGAGGGCGUAUACGAGUGCCGCGUGUCAGACUACAGCGACGACGACACGCAGGAGCACAAGGCCCAGGCGCUGCUGCGCGUGCUCUCGCGCUUCGCACCGCCCAACAUGCAGGCUGCUGAGGCCGUGUCCCAUAUCCAGAGCAGCGGCCCACGCCGCCACGGAUCCCCCAGCGCCGCCAACACCAACAGCGCGGGCGCCACGGGCCGCACCACUUCUGAACCUGGCCGAGGCGACAAGAGCUCGCCACCCGGGAGUCCCCCUGCAAUUCCUGGACCCGGAGUUCCAGAAUCCGCUGCCGCCUCCGCAGCCCACACAGCCACCACUACCGUCGCAUCUGCUGCCGCUUCUUCGUCAGCGUCGCCACCACUGGGCCAGUCUGUCCUUCUGCGCCAGAGGCAUGGCUCCGGAACCGGCCCCAGCUACGCCACAGACCCGCUCCUGUCCCUGCUCCUGUUAGCUCUGCAUAGGUGCCUGCACUUGCUCCUGGGGCACUGACAGACGUGGCACCUGAACACCUCAGCAGGCACACACCACCUGCCUGCACCCCUUGGGAGGACCACGUCGACAGAUGGACACAGAGAGACUGAGAAAAGCAUGAAGAAGUCCACGCAGAAAAUAAAUAAAUCAUAUUUUUGGGAAAGUCACACAAAUGUAGAAUACCCAAAAUAAUGCAUCUAGUUUCCAAAUAAGAUGGAGUUUGGACCAUGCAGUGAGCAUGGGAUCAAUGAUUUCUCUACUUCAACAUAUUUUUCUUUUCUACACCUUCCCUCCAAGUCUUCAUUUUGCACGAACUGUUGAGCAGUUAUCUUUAGGAUAAUAUGUAAAAAUGUUGGGUUAAAGCCUUUCUGACAAAGCAAAAUAUUUUUAGUAGAUUAU